CCCGUAAAGACGCAGGUGCGCGUGACGUCACGCGUCAAAUGCCAAGAAAACUGAUCAAAUUGAAAGAUAUGUUUCAGUGUUUCGUAAAAAAUAUAGAUACAAGGAAUGUAAACUUCUGAUUUUCUAAUAAAUGAAUCCAAUCAAUGUUUAAAUCGGGAUCCCAUUGAACCUAGGUCCGAAUUACUAGUUGUUGCCAGUUUCGAUUAACGGAUGUCGACAAAAUCAACAAAAAUGGACUUAAUGGUCGCUUUUGCUUUUCAUUGUGCUUGUUUAGCAUUAACUCUUGCGGACUGUCCUCCUCCUCCUGCGGUCCAGAAUGCCGCUUUCACUCCAGUCGAGUCAUCAUACACUGAUGGUGCAAACGUUACAUUCACCUGUAACACUGGUUAUGGACUUCAAGGUAGUCGUAUACAUUAUUGCAGGGGAAGCAGUUGGGAAGGAUCCCUCACAUGCUAUGAACAGUUUUGUGAGACAAUGAAUAAUCCUAGAAAUGGUAUAAUUGUUGGAAACCCAUCCUACAAAAUUGGCACUUACAUCACAUUUCAAUGUAAUACAGGCUACACAUUGAAAGGAAACAGCCAGUUGCUGUGUCGUGUUGAUUUGAAGUUUGAUAGGAACCCACCAACAUGUGAUGUCAAUAUGUGUCCAGAUUUUGGGGCUAUAGAUCAUGCACGCAUUUUCCAAGCCACAGAUGGAGGAAUAGAAAAUGAUUAUGGAAGUGUAGUUAAAGUAACUUGUGAAGACUCAUAUGUCCUGGAUGGUCAUGCGUCCGUGGUUUGCCAGGGAGACGGAACUUGGGGCCCUAAACCGACCUGCAAACCUUUAGAUUGUGGUAGGUUCGAUGGGAUGAAUUCAAGCUGCGUGAAAGACUUUGUACUGCUUGGUACUCUGUAUUACAUGGAAUGUAAGAGUGAUGUCCCAAAUACAAGAAUUGGAGCGCCGGACAGCACCAGUUCACCUAAUGAAUGUGAGGAAAGAUCUCGAAAAUGGAUGUAUUCACAGUUUGGGUGCUUUUGCCAUUGUAAAGUUAUGUACAAUAAAAACAUUGUGAAAACAGAAAACCUUGAUCCAAAUGAUUAUCUGCCUCACAACACUGAUUUGAAGUGGAGUUGCAAGGAGGGUUGCACGAAAAAACAAAAUAAUGCUCUGAGAUGCAUGGACGGACAGAUGGAAUUGCCAUCUUCACAGUUUGGGUGCUUUUGCCAUUGUAAAGUUAUGUACAAUAAAAACAUUGUGAAAACAGAAAACCUUGAUCCAAAUGAUUAUCUGCCUCACAACACUGAUUUGAAGUGGAGUUGCAAGGAGGGUUGCACGAAAAACCAAACUAAUGCUCUGAGAUGCAUGGACGGACAGAUGGAAUUGCCAUCUUGCACCUGCGAUGCAAACGUACAUACUGGUGAACCUUACACGACUGACAUUACUACUAAAUCAAGCCCUACCGGUCAAACAGGUGAACCUUACACGACUUACAGACCUACUAAUCCAUGCCCAGGCUUCUGCAUAAUUGCUACAAUAAUUGGAGCCGUAGUUUUGGCAGUUGUAGCCUUAAUUGUUAUAUACAUGUACAAGAAGAAGAAAUGGUGUUUUGUUCAAAAUAUGGAAGCCCCACUUCCCAUGAUUGAACCACCUCAUGAGAAAGGAGGCAAUCCUUUCAACGGGAACACUUCUAAACCAAAUGAUGAUAACAAUAUGAAACAUAUUGAAGAGAUGGAUAAGUUAUUGUCUGACAACAAAUAAUUAGGUCAGGACAAACAGUUUCCUUGAGAAUUUCCAUGCUUUUACUUAUACAUGUAUUGGAACUAGUAUAAUGUCAGAGAAAACAUUGUAGUUAAUAGUUUUCUUGAGAAUUACCGUGCUUUGACUCAGCAUGUUUCAAGCAAAGUUUUAGAAGGUAGCCAGAACAUGUACAAACAAUUUUCUUGUUUAGUGCGGUGAUUUUACUUAAAGUUUAUCUAGUAAAAUGAUACAAAUGUAUGAAUGAAGACUGAUAAAAACAGCGAAACAAUCCAAUUAAAUAAAAACGUGCUGUGCACUUGGACUUACACUACGCAGCCUGCGAUUUUUGCCUAAAUCACCGAUCAUCCCAUUUUGGUAAACGUGGCAAAUCGCGAUGAUUCGCCGCAAAUCGCGGUGAUUCACCGUGAUAACACUCUACUAAUAUUUGAAAACAUGUCGAAAUAAACAAAAUUGAUUUACUUAAACUUAAAGGCAUAUAAUGACAAAUUGAACAACAUUUUAUUGCUUUAUUGAACAUAUUCUCAUCAGAACAUUGUAGUGCCUCUAUAAAAGAACUCUGAACGUUCACAUUGUCAGCCUCGUUCUGGAGUCGUUUUAUCAGAAGAGGAGGAUCCUGCAGGACUCAGCGUCAGGAUCAAAGAAUAUUAAAUAUAUUGGCUUGACACCGGCUUAUAGUAGGCUGUACAAAAAUAAAAUUGAUUAGCAUCAAGCUUACAUUAUCCUUCCAUGUGUCAUGUACAUGUAGUAUGACAGGAAACUUUUUUUUAUACAUCUGAUUAACACGAAAAGGGAAAUCCUGCCAAUGUACAGUCAUGGUUUGUUUAUGGUUAUUGAUGUUUCUGAAUGGUGUGAGUCACGCCACUUCCGCAAUAUAAGUGGAUCAUUGUACAAUAGGAUAGAUAUUGUGAACAUAAACUAUAUUGUCACUGUGCAAACGUUUAUCAUUUAACUUACAAGUUUAUUUUAUGUACAUGUACAUAAGUAAUAAAUGUCUUGAAAUCCCUUGUUACAAAUAAAUAGUUCUUAUUUCAAAAGUUAAAUCCUGGUUUUAAUGUACAGAGUAAACAUUUUGUAAUAAUGAUCCAUUAAAUGAGAGAAAUAAAUAUUAAUAAUACCUCCGGUGGCAUUUAUACUACAGCCUGCCAAUAGGAUCAUGCACAUAUGUUAGAAGCAAUUAGAAGAUUGGUUUGAUCUCAUGCAGUCAGCCAUUUCCUAGUUGCUUGUAAUUUUGCAAACUAAUAUUUAAUGUUGAAUAGCCUUUUAAUAUGUAUAUUUUAUGUAUUAAGGUGUUUAUAUAAUGCAAUAUGGACUAACUUUUGGCACCUAAAAUUUGGCUGUGAGCAACAUAGAUUAUUUUUGCGUUUAAUUUCAGUGCUACAUGUACACUACGCGACCCGUGAUUUUUGCCGCGAUUCUCGCAUCACCGCAAUCGAUGCAACGUGACAAAUUGCGGUGAUUCCGAGCGACAAGAAAAUUUGGGUGAUGUCUCGGCGACCGUCGCGCGAUGUAUCUCGCUGUUACGCAAUCAGCGCGAAUCACCGCAAAUCACCGCAAACCGCCGUGGUUCACCUUUUUAAGAGAUUUACAUUAAGGGUUACACUACAUUACAUGUACAUGUAACAUAUAUGUAUACACUUACAUUAUAUAUUGCAAUAAUAAAGCUUUUGUUGUUGUUGUAAGCAAUGGGCGUAUUAGCUAAAAUACUCCCGUUCCGACAUGAACGUGAUGAAGUAAUGUCGGAAGCUUUAACGGCUCCAAAUUAAUAUAACAGCGCAGAAGAAUGAUCAUGCAAUAAUUAUUUAACAUAACAUGUAAACAUUAUUUAACUUAUUGCAUUAGCAGAAUGUUUAUUAAAACUUACAAUCAAUUAUAUUCCAGGCCCGAAUACACUACCACUGUUCAAAUUCCAUAUUGUUGCAAUAUACAUGUAGCGUAGCACUGUGUAAAUUGAAAGUUGCAUAGUGUUUCGUCAUUGGUCUGUUAUAAAUACCUUUUUUCUCUACAUGGUAUUUGAUUUAGACGAAACUAAUAAUUUGGUAAUUUACGAUAAAUAUGAUAUAAGUUUUCCAUUUAAACUUUGAUCUUACCGUGUGUGUUAAUUGACAUUAUUAAUUAUGUUAAUACUUAUUUUUGCAUUUCAUUAAGAAUUAUAACAUGUAGCCCUUUUGUUAACAGUGUUUAGCAAAAUAUUCGCGCCUCAAAACACGGGAAAUUGUUUAAGUAACGCUUUCAUUUAAAGGUUAAAUGUAAUCGGUAGAUUACAUCUAAUUAUUUGGACUAAAAGAUGCUAUACUUAUUUAUUUUCUGUUUCAUGCUCCAAUGCGGAUAACUCGUGUUACUCGCGUUACUUUCCGAGCGUUGUACAUACAUUCAUAACGUUUGAUAAGCCGGAAAUCGGAAAUACAUUACUGUUCUAUUUUUAAGUACAUGUUAUUAUGACAUCGUGGUAAAUAAUUUGUUGUUAUUACAUCAUUGCCUAUAUAUUAAAGCCGUUAAACAUUGUGUUUGUUUUGCUGAAAAAAAAAACACGAGUAUAUCAACGUAGCACUUAGCGUUCGCAGAGUUCAAUAAAUUUAUGAUGAUGUAUAAUGCACAUGCAUUUCUCUGGGUUUCACGCCAAAAACAAAAAACCCUCAACAUUUGAUUAUUUAGUGUGUACUGUCCAGCGGGUGAUAGUGUUUGUUCAAGUGUCUAAUUGGCACUCUUUGUACGUGUUCAAACUGUUAAAAGAUGUGACAAUCACAGAAACAACAGGAUGGCGCUGCCAAUUAAGUGCGAUAAUGGAUCAAAUGGCAUUGACAAAAAAAUUACAUUUUGGAUAUAUUUUUCGGCGUUUACUCAGAUGGUCUCUCACAACAAAACAACUAUACAAGUCAAGGUAUUAUGUUUUACUUCUAUCAGUAACGAUACGGAUAAGGCGUGUUUGAUUUGAAUUGACAUUAUAAGAAAUAUCAAAUUGUUGGCGAUAUAACUGUUUUAAAAAUACCAAAGAAACAUUUAACCGAAAUCAACAGAAUUCAAUGUUCUCUGCGCUACGCAGUUUGUAUAAAAAAUCAAUACUUGCACACUCGUAUACCUUGACCUUGUACAUUGCCGCAUAAUUUUCGCGCUCUUUUGUCGGGAAAUAUACAUGUACAUGAUGACUAUAUUGAAAGCAUUUGUAAACGUCGUGUUAACAUUAAAACAUCGGAAGUGUGUUUCGGAUUAUAAAUUUUUAUUCUCAUUUGGGAAUUUAACGGAACAUUUAUACUUAUGGUAUAUUUGUUUUGAAUUGUAUAUUAAUUUGUUACAACGCUUUACGUGUGAAAAAAAUGUUUUGAUAAUAUUAUGCAUUAAUAGCACAAUUUCCAGGAGGAAAACGUUUUUACAUGAAGGCGUAUGACGCAAUAAAACGUUUUUUUGUAAGAUCGUAUUGUAUCAAUCUUAAUUUAAAUACGCUAGUCCAAUAAAAGCUGUGUCCCACAUUAUGCGCUGUACUCUAUACACUUCUGAAAAAUGGCGUAGUCAUAUGGUUGUUUUAAUGAAAUUCUCAAACAUAUUUACCGACAUAAAUGUUCAAGAUUAUUUUUUUGAUGUUGGAUUAUCGGAUAAUUGUGAACAUUAGAAGCAUUAUGUACAUGUAUAAAGUUAUCGAUACGAUUCGGUUUCUAUGCAUGAAUUGGCGAGUCAUCGUUGUCACUGCGAUCACGGCGAAUUGCGGCGAAUCGCAGCGAAUCACCACAACAUUGAGGGGAUUUAGCGCGAAGAUUAUCUUGCUCUCGCGCGACGUCGGAGUGACGAGUCACGUGAAAUCGCGGUGAUUUUCCACCCAAAUAGCAAAAUGCCCGCCUUGACUUCGCAAAUUAGGCAAAAAUCACGGGUCGCGUAGUGUACAUGUAUCUUUAAUCAGGUCUAAAUUAAACAAAGAUUAUUGUUAAGUCAAAGAAUAAAGGUAUGUGUGACUAACUUGACUUAGUAUCAUGGUAUUUGGAACAUAUGUAAUUCAUUCUAAUGUAUAAAAGCUGAAUUACUUAUCAGGCUUGAAAUGAUUACAUUUUAUCCUUUAAUUUUAUAAUAAAAUUUGUUUUGUGUUUUCUCCAAAAUUAACAAAUCAACCUAGAGUAUUAGCUGAAUAUUGCUUUAGAAAAUUAUUGAUUACUUGACUUUACUUCUCUAUUUUGCAGUAUCAUGCUUCAGUGCCAUUCACUGUUUUUUUGUGUGGCUUGGAGUGUUUUAUUUAGUACUGUGUGUUUCAUUGAAUUGCUGCAAUAUAUAAUUAAUAAUUUUUUUUCUGUAUGAUAUUCACAUUAAAUGUCAUUUGUUGUAAGUCUUGUGACCAUAAGGAAAAGGUCAAAGAAUGCUUCAAGUGGCUGUUGCUAUUUUGUAUUGUAUACAUUUUCAAUGGUACUUUUACUUUGUAUCGUGCAUUUAACUUUACUUGUGCCAUAUAAGAUCUUUUGAAUAAUAAUAUUGAAUGUUGCUUUAAUUUGUUUGCACCUAACUUUUGUUUUAAAUACAGUAUAUUGUAGUUAUACUGCCUUUGAAUGUCAUGAUUGUUAUAAUAAUCAUGAUGGGUUUUUGUGAUUUAUAACAUUACAUGAACAUACAUCUGAGAUAUAAUUAUGUUUAUUGCUUGAUUUAACAUGAACACAAAUAACCAAUUACAGUUAUGUCUUAGCAAUCAUAAUUGUUUAAUUUUGAUCCUUAUUUAUUAUUCAAUAUUGAUUUAAAGAGCUGUCAAAGGUUAUCAGUAGAAUGAAUGAAUAUUUACAUAUACCUUAUUUUUAUUCACCCCCAAAACAAUUUAGGGGGAGCAUAUAGUCGCCGCUUCGUCUAUCCGUGCGUGUGUCCGUCUGUCCGUGCACCAUUUUUGUCAGGGCGAUUUCUCAGCAAUUAAUGACGGAAAUUCAAUUAAACUUUAUGGGAAGCUUCACUACCAAGAGGAGAUGUGUACAUUAUCAGCCGGUUCUGGUUGGAUGAUUUUUCACAGAGUUAUGGCCCUUUGAAAUUUUUCAUUAACUGUACAUAUAGUGCAAUUUUGUCCCCCCAACUACUAGACGUUUCCUUUUAUCUGAAUAUAUAGUGCAAUAUUGUGACAAAAAAAACCUUAUGGAACAUUACCCGUCUCUGACGGUUUCUUGUUUAUUGUUGUUUGGAAACGCAUUACAAAGGUAGUUUUAAACUGUAUUUAUUAACAAGUCAUCUAUUGAACAGCAAAAAUAAAAAUUAAACAAAGAGGAAUGUGAAUAGCGACACACUGGCUGUCCGGGCAGUGCAGUGGUUGGUACCUUUGUUACUUUCUUAAGUGACCCAGGAUUAAUCCCCACUCUAAUUACUGUUGGCUUGUGUAGUAGUUACUUUACCAAAUAAUUGGGUUCUUUGUAUUUUUGCUGGCCCCAACUGCACAAAACCAUUUACAAAUUUCAAAUCAUUCAGUUAAAAUUAAGAAGCAGGAAAUUGCAGAUAUAUUUCAAACUUUUUCCCAACUAUUGUUGAGUCUAGAACAUGUAAAUGAAUUGGGAAUGAGUGCUGGGACACAUACAAUGUAGCCUGUGGCUUGAAAGGGCCUCAUAAACUUUUAAAUACAAACAUGCUAGUCACAAACUAGUCGAAUCUUGUUAAGGAACUGUUGUCAAAUCAUGUCAUUCAGUUUCAUGUAAAAUGUUUGAUCAGAUAUUUGAAAACAUUGUGAAUAAUUAUAUUAUGUCAACAUUACUAUGAUUGUUUUAUAUUUUGUAUGUUAGCCAAAACGAAAUUUCUAAAUUUUCCAAAUGAUUUUGAAAAAGUUGCUCUAUAUUUUAUAAAAGCAUCAAACCAGUUUCUGUUAAUAGCUCGACUAUUGGCAUGGUCACCUUUAUUGUUGUAUUAUACAUUUUCAUGUUUCAGUGUAUGUUAACAAUACCACAUAUUUUCAACUUCAAAAAAGUGUUUGUGGUCAUUAUAUGAGGUCACUGAUAGACUGAUAAAAAACAUUUAUUAUACAAAGAAAGCAGACAAAUAGUCAUGCGAAUUGGGACAGGUCCUUUAAAUUUGGAAUAUUCCCCAUUAAUAAACAUAUAUCUAUACAUUAAUAUCAUUUGAAUAUCUGAAAAUAUAAUACAAGGAUAAAGAUAUUCAUACUCUUAAACUUUUUAUAAAAAUUGCAAAGUAUGAAAAUUCUUACCAUCUUUAUAUUUUAUUGUACAUAAUUGUGCAUCACAGACAUUUAUUCUGUGACAAAAUGAAAUAGGUUUUAGUUAGGUUCACCAUAAACUUUUAUUUUCAUGUUGUUGUCAAUAGCAACUUUAUGAGAUUAGAUUAUUUUUUUCAUUUUGUAUGUUUUGUUCGAAUUUAUCAUGCAUCAAUUGUACCCUUGGUAAUUGUUAGGUUUCUAGAACAGUACACUAUACCUAUUUGAUGUUGGUAUUGUAAAAAUCAUGCUUUGAUGUAAAUAUUUUAUGUGUGUUAAAGCACUUUUCAUCAUAUCUUUAAUUAAAUGAGUCUUCUUGGAAAAAUUGGCAUAAAUUUUGUGCGCACAUGUUGAAGACAAAUAUCUAGGCAGUGAUCGAAUUCACAGUCACGUGCGUCCAAGAACUAGGUACCUGGUAAAAUCUUACCCCUCUAGAAGCGACAUUUAUGUGUCAAUCUUGAUACAUCAUGGUCAGAAAAGUUAUCUUGACAAUACCAAGACAAAGUUUAAAUAUGUGCUUAUUGUGGUAACAAACAAGGUAGGCAGAUGAAGUCUUCAACAAUUGGUGUAGCCUAAACUUAUGUGAGCGAUUUAUUGCUAUGAUGGCCUUCUUGGUUAGUAUCUUACAGUAAGUCGAGAGGUCUGUAUACCGGUAGUAAAUUAUUAUAUGUCAUUAACAACUAAAGUGCCAUAUUGUGUAAGUUUGUAUAUAGUUGAGAUGCAUAUUGUAAUCAAUCUAGAUGUUGUAUUUGUUAUAGUAUCAUGUAUACAGGGAUCAUAUUUUCCCGCAACAUCAAUCGGUCGGGAUACAAAUGGGGAAAAAGUAUCAGAAAAUUUAUGUCCGAAAUCAUGAAAAAUUACCUUAAAAUAUAUACCAUUGAUUUUGCCAUUCAUGUAGGUGGUAUAAUAAAUGUUCAAGUAAAAUUCCCUUAGGCAUUUUUUUUAAACGGAACGAGUUUUCUCAACUGGUUUUAUCAUUUGCUAUUUUAUUGUUGUUUCGUGUGCUGUUUUUAUCCGACUUUUUCAUAAGUCUAUACCGAUGUUUUAAAUUGUUGUCGACUCGAUAAAAGCUUGCAAACAUGCACUGAACCAAACAAAUGUCUGUGCGUAGGUUGGUUACUGACAAUAACACACCAAAUAAUUAAGAAAUAAUUCUUGUACAUUAUAGUUUGUUGUCAAAUAACCCACGGCCGAUAGUUAAGAUGCGUAGGGAUUAAAUCACGAGAGCGGAACAUUUGAAACCACGCAUCUAAUUUUCCGGUCAUGAGUUAUUUAACAACAAAGUAUAAAGUACACAAAUUAUUUUGAUUCUAGCACGGUUUUACUAAAGAUUUAUACAAUGUAUAUUAUUUUCUUGUGUACUAGUUUAUGUGAAGUUCCGCCCAUAAAAAUAACUUUCGGCUGUUCUGGCGAUCAGAUCCGCGACUUUCAUUCAUAAUUAUAUAACCGGAUUAUUACGCUGGUGGAAAAUGUAUCGGCAUGUUUUGUAUAGUUACAGAGCGUGCUUUCAGACGCGUCUUUAAGCAUGCGUCUUUAAUCAGCUGGUCACAAGUUUUUGAUUCUUGGUCUGACAUGCAAUAAACCGGUCCUGACCGGUUAAGAGACUGCAGCGAAUGGUUUAUCACACCUAAUCGAGAUAAGAAUGUCAUUAGGGUGUGUUAGCAUGUACACUGUGUAAUCGAUUUCAUAACAUGGGAAUUUUAGCAAACAGAAUCGGACCGACUGUUUGGGAUUUUCAAUCGGUCUUUCAUGACCCCAAAGGACCGACAAAACCGAAAAAAAUAUGAUCCCUGCAUGUAUAUAUUACAUUAAACAGUAUUGUGAAAAAUAUUUACUGAAUAAAAAUACUUAUAAAAACAUAAUAAGCUUUUAUAUUAUAAACAUUAUUACUUGUAAAGCAUAUAAUGAGAAUUUUGCAUUUGAUAAAUCUCUUGGAGAUGUAGUAGCAGCAUGUAAGUAUUUUCAUGAUGAUUCUUAAAGCUAAAUAUUAACAUCCUUGACUCUACAAUGGUUCAAAGAGACAUUUCAUUCAGAUUUAAGUUGUUAAGUGUUUCCUGGUACAUAUUAUAUAAAAUAUGAAACAAGUUGAGCGUGUUUUCCUGAAGUUUAAGGGUUUGCAUGAGAUGACAAAAACAGGAUUGGGUAAAAUUUUACAUUCAAUACAAUCCCCAGAGUUUAGAUAUUUACAUGUGUAUAUCAAUAUCCGUAAGGUAAAUGACAUCCUACUGGACAAAAACAAAUUCAGCUUUUUAGAAUUUAAAAGACAGAUAAAAUCCAUUGUCGCUGUCUUUAUUCUGAUAAUAAAAUGUAGUUGUAACAAUUGAUGUCUACUGGAAGUUUGAUAAAGGUACGAUAUUAACUCAACUAUUCAGUGCAGUCUGCUACUGUGUCCCAUAAAACUCAAUGAAGAUUGCGGUGAAAAAAAUAGAAGUCUGAUAUUUCAUAUUUGUUAUGUUGCUUUUCUGACAUUUAUUUUCAAAUGUUCAAGUAUACAUUUUGGCAAAUGUUAAUGUAUUGUUAUGGUGUAAGGAUGGCAAAUUUGUACCUGUAUUCACAAACUCUUUCUUUGAAUUUGAAUGCAAACACAUGUUGGUUACUAAUGAUGCUCAUUCAUUAAGGACUCUUUCCAAUUAAGAUGUUGCCUUUAGAAUUAGAACAUAAUUUAUUCAUAAAUAAAGUUCUACAAAAUGGUGGAUGAUCCUUUAUUCUUACAUUCAUGUACAUUUAUGACAAUAUAUUAUAGGUCUAAGAAAUAGUGGAAGAAUACGGAAUACAAAUGCACUGGUAUGCUUUUCAAUAAAUAGAAAUGCAUUUUUAAGUUUCCUUUAUUAUAAUUAAGAUGUGAUAUGUUGUUGUUUGUGCUUUUUGUUCCCUACCGGUUUCACUGGAGGGGACUUAUGGUUUGCGCUCUGUGUGUCCGUCAGUCAGUCAGUCUGUGAGUCUGUCACACUUUUCUGGAUCCUGCGAUAACUUUAAAAGUUCUUUAUAUUUUUUCAUGAAACUUGAAACAUGGAUAGAUGGCAAUAUGGACAUUUCAUUUUGUUCCUACGUCAAAAAUUCUGGUUGCACUGACAACAAAUAGACUAGAAAUACUGCUGAAAAUGGUGGUUUUCUGGAUCCUGCUAUGGCAACAAAAACAAAAUUCUGACAAUGCUGGGAUUUCUGACAAUGGUGGAGCCAGUAGGGGACCAUAUUGCUUGACAAUAGUCUUGUUGUAUAUUGAAAUAAAUUUCUGUAAAAAAUA